UGUCUCUGCUUCUCAAAAUAGAGUUUAUUCAUGUAAAACCAGCGGGCUUUAAUUAAAAACGAAGCAGCAUUCCUGAACUGAAUAAGGGCAAUUGUCAAUUGACUUAGUUCCUCAAUAGUUUCACGCAUCAGCAUGUCAGAGCAACAACAAUUCUCUCCAUCGAAUGAGAACCCGUUUGUUUCCAAAUAUGAGUAUGCCUUUUACGAACGCAACGCUACUAUUGAACCCGAUGUGAUUAUCGAUCAACAACCUUCGACCUCUUCUAAAAGAGAGUUAAGUAAUCCGUUUGCUGAUGCUGGUAGUUUCUCCAGGACAUCAACUCAACAUACUAUAUUACAGCCAGUCCCUUCAGUAAGCCCCUUUGCUGAUCCAUCCGUAGCAGUAAGUGGAUCUAUUUUACAGCAUCAGCAACAACACGAGCAAAGACAACAAAAACAAUCAACAUAUCAAGCAGCGUAUAGUGGUGAGAGUACUUUAGACGAGCCUAUAUCGGUUACAAUUUAUCGUGAUUUGAAGCAGAUAGGUAGAAAACUGCACCAAGUACUACAUCCCAAAGGCGAAACGAGUGUAUUAAAAGACUGGGAUUUGUGGGGUCCUCUUUUAUUAUGCCUAGACUUGGCAAUUAUGUUGAGUUCUAGCGUACCUGCGAGCCAGUCAGUGCCAAUCUUUACAGGUAUAUUCGUAUUGGUUUGGGUGGGUGCAAUUGUUGUUACUAUCAAUGCUAAGUUACUCGGAGGCUAUGUGUCACUCUUCCAGUCAAUAUGUAUUAUGGGAUAUUGUUUAUUCCCAUUAGUCUUGGCUGCAUUCAUAGGGGUAUGGGUUGAUAUCAUGUGGUACAGAAUUCCAGCCUCUGCUAUUGCAGGUUUAUGGUCCACUUGGGCUUCGAUUGGCUUUUUAUCUGAAUCAAAAGCACAUUUAGCAAAAAGACGUGGAUUAGCCGUUUACCCUAUAUUUUUAUUCUAUUUUGUCAUUGCAUGGUUGGUUGCUAUCUCAUAGAUGUCCAGAUUUCACUUUGCAUGUGGCAUUUUUUAGCAUCUAUAUCAUAACAUAUGGCAUACAGUUUUGACAUAAAGUAUCAUAUAUCACCUCUAUCAUACUAUUAUAUCGCUUCAC